AUGGACAACAGUUUUACUUAUACAUUAAAUGUACUGGAACAAAAGACAAUUCGUACUCCGAUUCCAAAAUUGGACAGUAGGGAAAUUAUGAAGGAGUUAAAAGGGCACGGAAUUUAUCCUAGUGACGUAACCGUGAAUGAAACUUUAUGUUUAUUUGAUAGGAAUGCUAAUGAAAUUCACGGAUUAAUAGGUGCGGAUUAUGCUGGGGAUUUAUUUACUGGAGAAAUUAAAAAUAUAACGAAUGGCCUUGUCGCGAUGAAUACGCAUUUCGGUUGGACCUUAAUGGGAAGAACUGGAGAAAGUCCUAUAACGAAUGAAGUGCUUUUAUCACUUCAUGUUACUGACUUAAAUAUUUGUGACUUAUGGUCACUUGAUUCUCUGGGAAUUACGGAACCGAAUAUUUCUCAAACGAGAUCAGAAAUUGAGGAAGCCGCGAAAGAUCAUUUUGUUCGGUCGUUAAGAAGGGAUGGAGAAGGUAGGUAUGAAGUGUCUCUCCCAUGGUUGGAGGUUCAUCCUGAAUUACCGGACAAUCGAAACCUUGCCGAAAAGCGGUUAAAGUCUUGCGUAAAGGCGUUACAAAAACGAAACUGUUUACAUGAAUAUGAAAACGUCUUCAGAGAUUGGGUAGCCGAAAAAAUUAUUGAACCCGUUGAUUCAGAGGAACUGACAAAAGAUAAAGGUCAUUAUUUACCGCAUAGACCAGUAUUUAAAGAGAACUCCACAACUAAAAUCCGACCGGUUUUUGAUGCGUCUGCUAAGGAAAGAAAUUCUGUGUCGCUGAACGAUUGCGUUGAGAAAGGGCCGAAUAAUUUAGAACUGAUCCCCAAACUCAUUAACAGAUUUCGUCAGGGGAAAUUUGGGGUAAUAUCGGACAUUCGUCGAGCUUUCCAACAAAUAAACGUUGCUCCCUCAGAUAAGAAAUUUCUGCGGUUCUUAUGGAGGGAGGGGAUCCAGGGAAACUAA